UCAGAGUCAACUUCAAAGGCAUAAAAGCAUUCAUCCUGGCGAGAAACCCUAUGAAUGUAAUCAAUGUCGUAAAGCCUUUGUGCGUAACAGUCACCUUCAAAGGCAUGGAAGAGUUCAUACUGAAUGCAGUGACCUAUGAAGACGUGCAUGUCAACUUCACUUUGGAAGAAUGGGCUUUGCUGAAUCCUUCCCAGAAGAAACUCUACAAAGAUGUGAUGGGCGAGACCUAUAGGAACCUCACUAGUAUAGGAUACAGUUGGGAAUACCAUAAUAUUGAAGAACAUUGUCAAUGUUCUAGAAGACAUGAAAGGCAUGAAACAAGUCAAACUAGAGAGAAAACUUCUGCAUAUACUCAAUGUGUUAAAGAUUUUCAGUGUGACAGUCAUCUUCACAGGUAUGAAAAAGCACAUAUUAGAUUGAAACCCUAUGAAGAAAAUGAGUGUGGUAAAGCCUUUUCACAUCACAGUCAUCUUCAAAUGCGUAAAAGAACAUACACUGGAGAGAAAACCUAUGAAUAUAAUCAAUUUGGUAAAACCUUUGCACAUCACAGUCAUUGUCAAAGGCAUAAAAGAACACAUACUGGAGAGAAGCCCUAUGAAUGUAAUCACUGUGGUAAAGCCUUUGCAUGUCACAGUUAUCUCCAAAGACAUAAACGAACCCAUACUGGAGAGAAACCCAAUGAAUGUAAUCACUGUGGUAAAGCCUUUGCACGCCACAGUAAUCUUCAAAGGCAUGAAAGAAGCCAUACUGGAGAGAAACCCUAUGAAUGUAAUCAGUGUGGUAAAGCCUUUGCUUGUCACAGUAAUCUCCGAAGACAUAAAAGAAGCCAUACUGGAGAGAAACCCUAUGAAUGUAAUCACUGUGGUAAAGCCUUUGCACAACACAGUCAUCUACAACGUCAUGAAAGAAGCCAUACUGGAGAGAAGCCCUAUGAAUGUAAUCACUGUGGUAAAGUCUUUGCAUGCCACAGUUAUCUCCAAAGACAUAAAAGAACCCAUACUGGAGAGAAACCCUAUGAAUGUAGUCAGUGUGGUAGAGCCUUUGCAUUCCACAGUCAUCUACAAGUUCAUGAAAGAAGCCAUACUGGAGAGAAGCCCUAUAAAUGUAAUCACUGUGGUAAAGCCUUUGCUCAACACAGUAUUCUAAUAAUUCAUGAAAGAAGACAUACUGGAGAGAAGCCCUAUAAAUGGAAUCACUGUGAUAAAGCCUUUGCACAUAAGGGUGAUCUACAAAGGCAUAAAAGUACCCAUACUGGAGAGAAACCCUAUAAAUGUAAUCAAUGUGGUAAAGCCUUUUCAUGUCACAGUUACCGUCAAAGGCAUAGAAGAAGUCAUACUGGAGAGAAGCCCCAUGAAUGUAAUCAGUGUGGUAAAGGCUUUACUCGUCACAGUAGUCUCCAAAGACAUAAAAGAAGCCAUACUGGAGAGAAACCCUAUGAAUGUAAUCACUGUGGUAAAGCCUUUUCAUGCCACCGUAAUCUACGAAUACAUAAAAGAAUCCAUACUGGAGAGAAACCCUAUGAAUGUAUUCACUGUGGUAAAGCCUUUGCACAGAACAGUAAUCUACAAAUUCAUGAAAGAUACCAUACUGGAGAGAAGCCCUAUGAAUGUAAUCAGUGUGGUAAAGCCUUUGCACAGAACAGUCAUCUACAAAUUCAUGAAAGAAGCCAUACUGGAGAGAAACCCUAUGAAUGUAAUCACUGUGGUAAAGCCUUUGCACAGAACAGUCAUCUACAAAGACAUAAAAGAAGCCAUACUGGAGAGAAGCCCUAUGAAUGUAAUCAGUGUAGUAAAGCCUUUGCAUGCCACGGUAAUCUACAAAGACAUAAAAGAAGCCAUACUGGAGAGAAACCCUAUGAAUGUAUUCACUGUGGUAAAGCCUUUGCACAGAAGAGUAAUCUACAAAUUCAUGAAAGAAACCAUACUGGAGAGAAGCCCUAUGAAUGUAAUCAGUGUGGUAAAGCCUUUGCACAGAACAGUCAUCUACAAAUUCAUGAAAGAAGCCAUACUGGAGAGAAACCCUAUGAAUGUAAUCACUGUGGUAAAGCCUUUGCACAGAACAGUCAUCUACAAAUUCACGAAAGAAGUCAUACUGGAGAGAAGCCCUAUUAA